AUGACACUACCGGUAUUUGCGAAGAAAGUGAAAAAGUUGGCAUCGUUUCAACUAUUCAAUCUGAAACUACUACUUAAUGGCGAAUCAAGUCGCGGUUUCAACAAAUUCAAGAAACACUACAAGCUCAAAGGUGAGCUCGGUCGAGGCGGUUUUGGUAUCGUCUACCGUGCCAUUCGUGUCUCAGACGAGCUCCCAGUUGCUGUGAAGUUCAUCGAUCGUCGUACAGUUCGGGAAUGGGGAAAGAUCAAUGACGAACAUCUACCUAUGGAAAUCUGUAUGUUGGCAAAAUGCUCAAAAAUUCGAGGUGUAAUUCGUCUCCUCGAUUGGUACAGUAUCCCUGAAGGUUACCUGAUCGUCAUGGAACGACCGUAUCCAUGUGUCGAUAUGUUUGACUUCAUUAAAGGACAACAAAAGCUUGAUGAAGAGAUGGCUCGUUUCCUCUUCCGACAAAUCGCUCAAACAUUGAAUGAAUGCUCACAAAAACGAGUUCUACAUCGAGACUUGAAGGACGAAAAUGUGGUGAUCGAUCUUGUCACUGGUGACACGAAACUGAUCGAUUUCGGUGCAGCCACCGUACUCAAGAAGUCACACUACACUGACUUUCAAGGUACCCGUCUAUACUGCCCUCCAGAGUGGUUCCUGCACUCAUUGUACCUCGGACGUGAAGCAGCCGUUUGGUCAUUAGGAGUGCUAUUGUACAAUGCCCUAAACGGUCGAUUACCUUUCCGAAAUGAAAAGGACAUCUGUACUGCUCAUCUACUUGGGCCGCUCCCAUUCUUCACCACCGUGUCUCCAGAAGCGAAGGACCUUAUCGCUCGAUGCCUUCAAUUUGACCCAUUCUCACGAUGUACUAUCGAAGAUAUUCUUCGACAUCCAUGGGUAACGAAACCAACCGCCGACUGGCUGACUCUGAGCGCUGCUGCAGGCGAAGCCAUCAAUGAGAAGGAAGCGAAAGACGACGAGCGAGAGCACAGUGAAGAAUUGGAAGAAAUCGGCGAGGAGGUCGAACAUGAAGAGGUUGAGAAUCAUGAUGACGAAGAAGGUGACCAAACUAGCGAAGACGAAUCCGGUGUCGGUUCCUUGGCAUCCACAUCCACCGGAAAGCCGGUAAGUGAGAUACGGUAUCCGUACAAGAGUAUAAACGCAACUAAAGACAUAACAAACUCACUGCCGUUAUUCCAGAAUCACCAAGACGAACAACCAAGAGCACCUGUUCGUUUCUCGAAAACGUCUCUCCUGGCUCCUCCAAAUUCCGAUGAUCUCAAAGCUGUCGUUCAAGCAUCCAAGACAACAUCCGUCUACCAUGAUGGUCCCAAACCAAUUCGGCCGUCCCGAAGACGUGUCCCACCCCCCAGCACAGCCGUUCUGGCAGCUCUACGACGUGCUGUAAGCCGCGACCGACAAAUACGUAACUGA